UCUAGCUGUUCCAUUUCUCUCUAUUCUCUGUUGCUUCUGCACCACGCCGAAUUCUUUCAUUUUCAUGGAUUCAGACAAAACUAGCUAGCUGGUCCAGUUCUCUCCAUUUUCUUUUGCACAGCACCACACCAGGUUCUUUCAUUUUUCAUGGAUUCUGACAACCAAGAAGUUGUUUACGAGUUCCUUCCACUCCUUAGAAUAUACAAAAAUGGCCGUGUAGAACGUCUCCUUGCAUCAGAAACUGUUCCGCCUUCUUUAGAAGACCCAGAAACUGGUGUGUUUUCUAAAGAUAUCAGCAUCUCAUCAGACCCUUGUAUCUCUGCUAGGCUUUGCCUUCCUAAUAAUCGUACCCACAACCAUAAAAACUUACCUCUUCUUAUAUACUUCCACGGUGGCGGUUUUUGUCUCGGUUCGGCAUUCGCACUUUACUACCAUCGCUACCUGAACACUUUAGUUUCUAAAGCCAAUGUCAUAGCAGUGUCAAUCGAAUACCGAUUAGCACCUGAGCACCCACUUCCUAUUGCUUAUGAAGAUUGCUGGACUGCUCUUCAAUGGGUGCUUUCUCACUCUCGAACUGACAAACCCAUCUCCAGUGCAUCAAACCAUGGCAAAGAGUCAUGGCUGAAUGACUAUGCAGAUUUCAACAAGAUAUUUUUGGGCGGCGACAGCGCUGGUGCAAAUAUUGCUCACAAUAUCGCCAUGCGUGCUGGCGCGCAUGGCUUAAAAUUUAGAGGCAUGUAUUUGGCUCAUCCUUACUUUUGGGGGUCUGAAUCGAUUGGGAGUGAAACAGACAUGGACACUGAAGUGAAGGCAAUAAACGAACGGCUUUGGCUGUUCGUUAAUCCAUCUUCUGUCGGCAUCGACGAUCCGAUGAUAAACCCGUUCGGACCGGGAGCUCAAAGUUUGUCAUGUCUUGGCUGUGAAAGGGUUCUUGUUUGUGUAGCUGGAGAGGAUCCAGUGAGAGAAAGGGGUCGGCUUUAUUGCAAUGAAUUGAAGAAAAUCGGAUGGGAAGAAGAUAGAGUCAAGUUUUUCGAGAGUGAAGGAGAAGGACAUGCUUUUCAUCUACAUUUCCCUGAGACCAAGAAUGCUCAGCUUGUUAUCGAACGCUUGGCUUCAUUUCUCCGAUGUUAAGCAAAAAUAUUUAUACUGUACUUUUUUGGAUAAGUCGUAUACUUUUUUGUGGUCACUAAUGCUUGUAACUAAAACAACUAGACACAUUUUGAUCAGUGGCCAGAAUGAGAUAAUAAUGGAACCAUUAAUUAGCAAA